AUGAAGCUCGCCAUUGUUUUGUCGUUUGUCUCGCUGGCUCUCGCCUCGGUGCUCGACCGUCGGGAAUGCGCCGGCAACAACUGCAACCGUGCCAUAUCCGGUACUCGCCCGGGCAUCUCUCCGGCCAGCGUCCGGUCUGCCGAUUGCAAGAGCUUCCUGCUGACAGUUGUCACCCCGUCGCCGACCACUACCACUGUCACGGUUGACGAAGCCGGCGCCACGCCCCUCAAGCGCGACCUCAUUCUCGAGGCCCGCCAGGUCACCCAGACGGCCAGCGUGGUGCCCACAUACGCCUCUGCCUGCUCCUCUCCCGCCGCCUACGCCUCGGCCUGUUCGUGCUUCGGCGUCACUGGCUCCGUCUCCACAGCGCCCACGCCAACCGUCACUGUCACCACCACUCUGGACUUUUGCGUCGACCUUUGA